CCACUGUGCCCUCUGACCUGGUUGGCAGCAAAAGUCAAACGACAGAGAAGCUGGCCAUGGCAGUAAAAGCCUGUAAUGCCAGCACUCCAGAGGUUGAGGCCAGAGGAUCUUGAAAAAGAAAAGCUACCCAGGAGGGUCCAGGGAUGAGCAGGGGGGAUGACUUCCACAGAACACCUUUCUCCUUGCAAACACUCAGAAGACGAUGUCAGCUCAGUCCCUGCCUGCAGCAACGCCCCCUACCCUGAAGCCCCCUCGGAUCAUCCGCCCCCGCCCCCCUUCUCGCCAUCGGGCUCCACACUCCCCGGGGCCUCCUCACAAUGGUUCUCCUUCGAAAGCACUUCCCCAAAUUCCCAAUGAUGCAUCAAUCUCAAUGUGCACCUCCAUCUUCUGGGAGCCGCCCACGUCUUCCCUGAAGCCCCCAGCCCUUCUGCCCCCCUCAGUUUCUAGAACCAGCCUGGACUCUCAGACUUCCCCAGACUCUCCUUCCAGCACACCCAGUCCCAGCCCAGUGUCCCGGCGUUCCAUCUCCCCAGAGCCAGCACCCUGCUCUCCAGUGCCCCCACCCAAGCCCUCUGGGUCUCCCCGAACACUUCUGCCCUCGCUCCCUAUGCCUCUCCAGGAUGGCCCUGCCUCAGCCCCUGGCACGGUUCGUAGACUGGCUGGCAAAUUUGAAUGGGGGCCUGAAGGCAAAGCCCAGUCCUCAGACUCCCUGGAGCGAUGCUCCCAAGGGGGCACGGAUGUGAAUGGAGAGAGAGAGACGCCCCAAGCCGCCCUUCCCGGGAACGGGUCCCAGGAGAAUGGCACUCCAGAUGCUGCCCUGGCCUGCCCUCCAUGCUGCCCCUGCGUUUGCCAUGUAGCAAAGCCUGGCCUGGAGCUCCGAUGGGUGCCUGUGGGGAGUUCUGAUGAUGUCCUCAGGGCUCCCUGCCGAGCAUCCCCACUGCGAGCCUCCCGCUCCCGCAUCAACCCACCAGUGAUCAGUCAUCCUCCAGUUGUCCUUACGUCUUAUCGCUCCACUGCUGAGCGCAAACUCCUACCUCCCCUCAAGCCCCCCAAACCAACGCGAGUUAGACAGGAUGCCACCACCUCUGGGGAGCUUCCACAGCCAGAACUGGAACUGCCUUCAGAAGAUGGGAUCCACACAGGGGACAGGCCUGAAGAAGUGCCUCAGAAUGUUCCUCUUGCAGCCUUGGAGGGAAGGGAUGAGGAAGGGCUGGAGGUGUUGAAGGAGCAGCAGUGGGAGCUGCCCCUGCAGGACGAACCUUUAUACCAGACUUACAGAGCAGCUGUGCUGUCAGAGGAGCUGUGGGGUGUGGGUGAGGAUGGGGGCCCCUCUCCAGCUAAUCCCGGAGAAGCUCCCACCUUCUCCAGGCUCCCUGGACCUCGAAACACUCUGUGGCAGGAGCUUCCGGCUGUGCGAGCCAGUGGUCUCUUAGAGAGUCUAAGCCCCCAGGAAAGGCGCAUGCAGGAGAGCCUGUUUGAGGUGGUGACCUCAGAGGCCUCCUACCUACGCUCCCUGAGGCUACUGACCGACACCUUCGUGCUGAGCCGGGCUCUCCGGGACACACUCACUCCUCGGGAUCACCAUACACUUUUCUCCAAUGUGCAGAGAGUCCAGGGUGUCAGUGAGCGGUUUCUAGGAACAUUACUGUCCCGUGUCCGUUCUUCCCCACACAUCAGUGACCUGUGUGAUGUGGUGCAUGCCCAUGCAGUUGGUCCUUUCUCAGUGUAUGUGGAUUACGUACGGAACCAGCAGUAUCAGGAAGAGACCUACAGCCGCCUUAUGGACACUAAUAUGCGCUUCUCCGCGGAGCUGCGACGGCUGCAGAGCCUCCCCAAAUGUGAGCGGCUUCCACUACCAUCUUUCCUGCUCCUGCCGUUCCAGCGUAUCACCCGGCUCCGGAUGCUGCUGCAGAAUAUCCUAGGCCAGACAGAAGAGGGGUCCAGUCGCCAGGAGAAUGCCCAGAAGGCCCUGGGUGCUGUGAGCAAGAUCAUUGAGCGCUGCAGUGCUGAGGUGGGACGCAUGAAGCAGACGGAAGAGCUGAUCCGACUCACUCAGAGGUUGCGCUUUCACAAGGUCAAGGCUCUACCCCUGGUCUCCUGGUCACGGCGCCUAGAAUUGCAGGGAGAACUGACAGAGUUGGGAUGUCGGAGAGGGGGUGUGCUCUUCAACUCCCGUCCCCGCUUCACUCCCCUCUGUCUGCUGCUCUUCAGUGAUCUGCUGCUUAUCACCCAGCCCAAGAGUGGGCAGCGGUUGCAGGUUCUGGACUAUGCCCAUCGCUCCCUGGUGCAGGCCCAGCAGGUUCCUGACCCAUCAGGACCCCCUACAUUCCGUCUCUCUCUUCUAAGCAACCACCAGGGCCGCCCCACCCACAGGCUACUCCAAGCAGCCUCACUGUCAGACAUGCAGCGCUGGCUGGGAGCCUUUCCCACCCCAGGUCCUCUUCCUUGUUCCCCAGACACCAUCUAUGAGGACUGUGAGUGUUCCCAGGAGCUGUGUUCAGAGCCAUCAACACCUUCCAAGACUGAGGGGCAAAGUCUGGAUUCCAAGGUCCCCCGCAAGCAUCCACACAAGAAUCCUGAAGGCUGGCUUAAAGGGCUUCCUGGAGCCUUCCCUGCCCAGUUGGUGUGUGAAGUCACUGGAGAACAUGAAAGGAGAAAGCAUCUUCGGCAGCAUCAGAGGCUUCUUGAGGCUGUGGGACCCUCUUCAGGCACCUCUGACACCCCUCAACCCUAAUGCAGGUUAGGGAAGGGGCACAGAUUGGGACACUGGCAGCAGCAUGGAGAAGACAAAGUCUGCCCAUCAAUCCAUAUCCAUCCAUCAUGUAUUUGCUGUCAGUGGAAACACUACCUCUAGUGGCAACCAAUAGACCACAGAGCUUCAGGGCAGAACAGUUAAUGAAACAGGCCAUCUGAGUCUACAACAAGAAAGAAUGAGGAUGGCUUGAAUGUGUUGCCAGUGGAGACAGUGGCCAUGGCCAAGACCUUAGCUAUCGAGUAUCACCAAAGGAAGAUGAAGCCGGGGCAAUGCAUUGAAAAAUGGCAUCAUCGGAGUAGUCCAGUAGACAAUAGAGAUGGGCAAGAACCCAUUCGGCCAAAAAGAUGGUGAUCUGGGCUCAAGAGACCAGCGGUCACACUGCUUGGUUCCACAGAAGCCACUGAUCCUAAGGUCCUUUGAGUAUAGGAAGUAUAAAUUAAUCUAACACUUCUAUUUCUGGUCUACUUCCUAUGCCCAUUCAAACCACUUCCUUUCUUGUAGAAGAACCUGGAGUGUGUCUCAGAGAACAUGUGUGCAUGUGUGUCCAUGCAUAUAUGUAUCUAGGAAGGCAAUUCUGCUGAAUGAGGCUGGUGUGUGUGUAAGAGAGAAAGAGAGAGAGCCAUUCUUGUCAGUGACUGAAAGCUUCAUUUUUUUUUUCCUGUUAUUUUUCUCCAAAGAAGAUGUUUGGCCUGAGUUCUAAAGAGAUACUGAAUAUAGCCUGGCCAGAGGCUAGGACUGUGGAUGAGAGUCAUGGAUUCUGGGUCUCUUGGGUCCCUCUGGAUUCCAUGAUAGCUGAAGGAUGGUGUUAUGAAAUAGUCAAAUGUGCUGCAAGACACUGAGGGACUAAGUAACUGGGAUGCAAGACCCUCUGCAGUCUGUGGAUAUUUUCCCAUCCCAAACAUUGACCUCCAUAUUCUAUAUCUGCUGUGCAUAUCUCCCAACGUGAAUUGUCAUCAUGCCAGCCUCAGGCUGCAGAACAGGCCAGCCGGUGACCAUUCUGGGAUUCACUUCAUCUAAAUUGAUCCUUUCAGAAACAGAGGGCCAAACUUAGUGGAGGCAGGAGAAGUUAGUGCUGUUGUCCAGCCUCAACUACAGUUUCUGCUGAUGAGAACCUGCCUUGCAUGAUGCUGGAGAGGUGAGGGCAAAGAUAGUAGAACAGACCAUUGCUGGGGCUGGAGCUCAAGCCUGUGCAAAGGCUCUCUUCACAACCGUGCAAUGCUUUUCCUUCAUAUAUGACAACCUGCCCAGACAGAAACUGCCACGAUGAUUAUGGGAGGUGAAAUGACUCUGGGGACUUGAAGGUGGAAGGGCACUUGGCAUGUCCACUGCUUUCACCCCUCCCACAUGGGAAACCCUCAAUAAAGGUUGAUGGCAUUGUCCUGAG